AUGGCCUUGUCGACCAAAUUUUCCUACGAAACACCUAGCAACUACCUCAUCUAUGCGAGCGGUAAGGACAACGUCGGCAAAUUGAUUCCUUGUUCGCUCGCAAAAGCUGCACAUAUAUGUCUGUUCUUGCGUGCAUGGCAUGUUGUUAGAUGUCUUGUGGUGUUUCUGCUAUCACUACGAUCGUUGUCGUUAUCUGUGUGUCUGCGGAAAAAUCGCUUAGUAGGAACAAUGGAGCACCCUCUGGUGCAACGUUUAACGGACGUCAAAUUCGACACCAGACGUUUCCUUUCACUUGUCACUCAUGGUGGAAAGAAUUUUCCCGAUAAGGAGGGUCGAAAAUGGGUUGCAGAUCAUUUUGACAUAACCAUACAGCUGUCCAUCUUGUACGUUGUCGUCGUAUUUGGUCUGAGGCACAUUAUGCGAAAGAGAGAACCAUUUUCGUUGUUCGUUCCUCUUAAUAUAUGGAAUUUUACCCUUGCAGUGUUCUCAAUUAUUGGAACAAUCAAACUCACCCCAGAAUUCUGGAACACUUUGUUCGAUAAAGGACUGCAAAAUUCUUACUGCUACGCUUAUGACUUCACCAAAGACACCGUCUUCAUUGUUUUACGGAAGAGACCACUCAUGUUUCUUCAUUGGUACCAUCACAUCCUUACUGCUGUCUAUGCCUUCUACUCUCACCCUCACACUCCUGGUUUCAAUCGAUAUGGAAUAUAUCUCAACUUUACCGUACACGCUUUUAUGUACAGUUAUUACUUCUUGCGUUCGAUGAAGAUCAGUCUGCCUGGGUUAGGCACCAUCGCGAAGUUCAUCACCACUUUGCAGAUCUUCCAGUUCGUCGUUUCCUGCGCCAUUUUAGUCCAUAUUGGUUAUCUCGUAAAUAUUGCUGGGAUUCCAUGCGAUUUCGACAGCAAUAUCUUUGUAUUGGCAAUUCUUACGUAUUGCGUGGCGGCAAAGACAAAUAUAAGUCUGUGCCAGCAGAUUCGAAGAAGAAAAGAUAAAAUCACUAACGGUAUUUUUAUUGUUUUAUCAAUUUUAUGGCGCUUAAGCGAAGAUCUGACCAUGUCCUAUCAUUCCCACCACAUCACGUCUAAUGUUGUUCUCCAAGUCGCUAUGCUUACUUUGAUUCGUUCGUUUUAA